CAGGUUUGUUAUUAAUAUGGAUAUUGAUGAGGAAAGAAUGCGCAAACUUUGGAUUGCAAUUGCAUUUACAAUAUAUUUGAUGUCUACAUAUUUUUAUAAAUACAUAUAUAAAGAACCAUGCAUGACUUCAAUUCUAACAGGAGAGAUGUGGGUAAAAGAAAUGUUGAUUGGCAAUCCUAUUCGAUGCGUCAAUGCAUUUAGAAUGGAGCCACAAUUAUUUUUAAGAUUGUGUAAUGAUCUAUCAUCGAAAUAUGGACUGAAAUCUAGUUGUAAUAUGUCUAUUCACGAGAAAGUUGGCAUUUUUUUAUAUGCAAUUGCUCAAGGUGCCUCAAAUAGAGUUCUUGGUGAGCGUUUUCAACGUUCCGGUGAAACUAUAAGUAGGGCAUUUCAUGGUGUCCUCAAUUCAAUUUCUUGUCAAAAAUCCAAGAGGCUUGCAUAUGAUAUUAUAAGACCAUAUGAUCCAACUUUUACACAAGUGCCGGCAAAAAUAACAACAGAUGCAAGAUAUAUGCCUUAUUUUAAGGAUUGUAUUGGAUGUAUUGAUGGUACACAUAUAGAGGCAUGUAUACCGGAGGCUCUACAAAUGCCUUAUAGAGGAAGAAAAGGAAUUCCUACAUUUAAUGUAUUAGCUGCAUGUGAUUUUGAUAUGUGUUUCACGUUUGUAUCAGCGGGUUGGGAAGGUUCCGCGCAUGAUACUCGUGUAUUUCUUCAUGCAAUUGAAUCUCCAGCUUUUAAGUUUCCUAACCGCCUGAAGGUAAGUACUAUUUGGCCGACAAAGGGUAUCCAGAUCGAAAAGGUUAUCUCUGAGAGAUGUUUCGGAGUUUUGAAGCAAAGGUGGAAGAUACUAAGAAGUACGCCACAAUUUAGCAUUGAGACACAAAUACGGAUUGUGGUUGCAACAUUUGCACUACAUAACUACAUUCGAAUAAAUUCUCCAGAAGAUCCCCUUUUUCGAGUGUUAGAGGAUUAUCCUAAUUUUAUACCAUCAUGUGAGCUUCCUGAUGUCCGUGUUACUCCCUAA